AUGGAUUACCUCUCUCCCGCCAACAUCUCCCAAGAUGCAUCCCUUCUCUUCUCCGACGCCGGUCUCCACGGCAAUGACCUAUACCCCGGCUACCGUGCCUACGACCCCGGCAUCGAUGACCCCCCAACGGAAGAGUCGUCGUCGCCCCUCCAGCCUCUCUACGCAGACACUCCCCUCCUGGAUUUGGGAGGUUACGGUCCAGGGGUAGGGGGGUAUGGGGCCAGCUCUCUGGCAGUACUGGGGGACACUGACCUCCUGGUCAAUACAUUGUGUCUUCCCUUCACGUUGGUCUAUACUCUGCUCGGGGAGUGGAAGUUUGGCCAGGUGCUUUGUUUCCUGCUUCCCUACGCACAGGGAUUGGCUGUCCACGUAUCCACGGUGACGCUCAACGUCAUAGCCCUCGACAGACACAGGUGUAUAGUGUACCACCUGGAGACGAGGAUGAGAAAGGAUGUGUGUUUCGGGGUGAUUGCCGCCACAUGGGUGCUGAGUGCGGUGCUGGCCAGCCCACUAGCUAUCUUCAGAGAGUAUGGUACCUUCAAUCUGGCUCCAGGACAGUCUAUACAGGUGUGUACAGAGAAGUGGCCUGGCAGCUCAACAGACGGGACAGUCUAUUCCAUCUCCAUGCUCCUCCUGCAAUACAUUCUCCCUCUAGCCGUGAUCUCCUUCGCCUACGCCCGUAUCUGGUCCAAACUCCGUUCUCACGUGUCCCCCGCCGGCCGCGACGACCGUCACCGCCGACGGCGCAAAACCACCAAGAUGCUGGUGACCGUGGUCGCGGUGUUCGCGAUCAGCUGGUUACCGUUCCACGCUUUUCAAUUGGCCACGGAUAUCGACAGCUCCGUCUUGGACAUGAGGGAUUUUAGACUGCUGUACACGCUGUUCCACGUGGUCGCCAUGUGCUCGACGUUCGCCAACCCUCUGCUCUACGGGUGGAUGAACAGCAAUUAUCGGACCGCGUUCACGACCGUGUUCCGCUGUGACCAGAGAAUGGACAGUGUGCAUCCGGAGGGAGGAAGAGGAAAGGGAGGAGGAAGAGAGGAAAGAGACCUCUGA